AUGAAGCGGGACGACAUCUCCACUGCUGCUGGCUACGUGUCCUCUGCGCCGUCGGAGUCGCAUCGUGAUGAGGACAUGAUGGGCACAGACGUGGAUGGAGAGGAACCAGAUGACUUGGACAAGCACACCCAGCACUUGCGCAGUUGGCCCCUGCGCCGCCGCCGCAUCCCGCCCACCAGCCAGCAGCCCCCGCAGCCCCCGCGCCAGCAAGCCCUGCCCAGCCAGCUGCACCGCCAGCCCAGCCAGCUGCGCCGCCAGCCCAGCCAGCUGCACCGCCAGCUGCGCUGCCAGCCCAGCCAGCCGCGCCACCGGUCAAAGAUGGCCAAGACCCUGAUCCCCACUUUUAACGGUGGAAAUAUUUCCCGCAACGAGCUCUUCAAAGUCUGGCUGGAGAAGGGCCGUGAUUUUUCCCAGGUUGAGGUGGAGAUGAAGCGUCGCUGCGUGCAGAGCAAGUCGCAUGGCGAGAAGGAAGUUUGUUGGAGCAGGCGGCAGUUGGAGAUGGAUGGGAGGUACGACAAGAAUGAGGUGGACACCCUUAUCGCAAAUGCCACUCGGACCGGCCGGUUUAUGGACGACCCAAACUUCCCGGGCAACGAAAAGCUUCGCCAAUACUUCUUGGUCUUGGAGACUUCGAGGGAAAAACGCAACACCUUUGAGGAAGAGCAGAACCUUCGCUCAACAACACGGACGUCAGCCGAUGAAGCCCUUGCCCUGCUCACGAGCGGCCUCUUCACUGAGGACGCUGCGCUGGAGCUCGAAGAGAUUUGCGUGAGCACGGCCCAACGUUAUGCGGCAGCAGCGUAUGACGACGGCCUCACGGAAGACACGCUUCGUGCUUUAGCGAGUUUGGCCUGCUGGGGAAAACACCAGCAAAACGUGGAGCGGGACUUCCACAGGUGGAUGCCGUACGCGCACGGGUCUCGGCUGACAACCCAUUCAACUGUGAUCGAAGUUUAUGAUCCCGACACGGCUAGUGUCCAACAAAAAGAAAUCCCAAUUUUGUUGGCGUCUGAUGUUUUGCAUUCUCUGUGGAGUCGGCAGAGUGACAAGCUUUGGGAUGUUUGCGUCGGGGUUACCUCAGAGAAAACCUCCGCCUUCUGGACAGCUGCUCAGCACGACUGGGCCUCCGCACAUCCAGUGGUGAAGCCAUCAGGCUUUGAUUCUUUCUGUAAGGUCAAGUGGUUCACUGAUGGAGCACAGUUCAACACCAACCAUGAGCUAUUGAUUUGGAUGUGGAGCUCCACAUUGUCCUCAAAGAACUGGAGCACUAAGUUUCCCUUUGCAGCAAUUCCGAUGCGGUACCUUCCAUCCAAAAUGCUUAGGACCAAAGCCAACAGGGCAGUGGUGCAGGCCAUCAGCUGGGAUUGUAAGAGCCUCCUGGAGGGGCGCUUUCCUCACACAGAUCAAUUUGGCAACGCUUUGACGGGCGACCGAGCUCUCAAGGCAGGGGACCUGAUCUGCGGCGGCUGGCGCGCUGCCUUUGAAUCUUGGACUGGGGAUUGGAAAGAGCGUAGCCUCUCGCACGAGUUCGUGAAAAGGAACUACCAAAGCAUGCGGAUCUGUGACCAGUGCGAGGCUAUCAAACCCUUCGCCAAGACCCCUGCAGCAUUGCUGCCCUUGGUGUUCUCCAACUUCAGUUUGGACGCCCCGUGGACCAAGACAAUCCGAAACCAUGCAACGUACUUGCAAGAAACGCCGCCCUCCAACUUAACUCCUUGGCUCGAAGUACCCGGCUUCGACAUUGCCAGGGUCAGGUGGGAUUCUGCUCACACAAUUUUGUUGGGGGCAGGAAAGGACCUGGCUGCAGCUUUCCUUGUUGACCUCGCUUUGCGGCAGCAUUAG